AAUAUUUAUCUUCCGCUACAGGAGGAAGUGUUUGCUAGAACUCUAGCUAGCUGGGUUAAACCCAAUAUGUACUCUCACGGUUCGGAAAGCUUAAUUAAACAAGCAAGGGAGAUCCAGGAGUCUGAGCUGCAGAAGUUUUACAGCAGAUUAAUGAAGUUGCUCCAGGGGAAAGAUCAUGGUCACGAGACUGUUGACUCCUUGGAAAGACUGCGCCUCAUCCUCUCUGCCACAAAGUACACCAGGACGUUGCCCCCCGAGCUUCAGAAGAUGCUUCUAUCACUCCUCUCUUCACCCCUGGAGCAGCUUCAGGUGCUGAGCUCAGCUGUGCUCAGAGAGACACUGGCCCUCGCUGGUCAGGCAGAGAACUACGGCCAAGACGGCAACAGUCAGCUGAGCAGCCACAAAGCUGACCUGCUGCUCUCUCAGGCUGAAUCCCGAAAUGAUCUGUCAGCUCUCUGCACUCAGCUACUUCGCAGUCUGGAGAGCAGACCCUCAGAAGGGCCGACUCACUCGCUCGCACACACCCUGCCAAUUGUCAACACCAUCCUCACAUACAGCCCGGAGAGCCUCACUGAAGAUAACAUAACCCUCCUAAGUAAAAAGCUUGUUGAUUGGCUGCGCUAUGCGAGCACCUCGCAAGGAGGCGGGGCUUCCUCAGGAGGAUUCUUCACUGGAUCCAGGUCACGUCAGCCGCUGCCGAUUGCAGAGCUGGAUGGGACGGUGUCAGGAGAUUUCUUCACAGUGCUGUGCGUCAGUCAAAGUUUCACUGAAGACCAAUGGAUGAACGUUUACUCCUUUUCCAUGCUACGACACUGGCUCCUCACCUUCCACUCUGUGUCCGGUGGCGCUAUAGCCGAAACUGCAAACAGGUUACAGCUAAGUCUCUCCCUCUCUCACUCAUUUUCUAAUGAUGAUAGGUCAGAGAUAGAUGGGUCUGUGGUUUCCAUGGUUUCUGCCACAUCCACCUCCAGCCGACUGCUUCCUCCGAAGGAGCAUCUACGAGAGAAGGCCUUCCAGUACUGCCAACGCCUCAUUGAACAGUGUGAUCGCAAGGCCCAGAAGAAAACGGAUACAGAUCUGCAGAAAGCUUGUCUGGUGGAAGCGGUGUGUAUCCUGGACUGCGUGUGCAUAGAGGAUGCGUCCUUUGUCUACCGGGUGUUCCCGUGCAUUAAGGCGCUUUUUGGUCGUCUCAGCUCAGACUUGUCAUUCGCCAGAGUCCUGCUUCCCGUGGCACAGUUCUAUCUCAAUCAUGGCGAAUUGGCAGCUGUAGACUGUGACUGCGUCUGGAAUCUGGUGUUUGGUCGAUUCCCUGCCGAGCUCUUUAAUGACCCUUUCUUGGCACAUGAGCUUCUGCGCUUCUUGCGACUAAAUCUCGAGAAUGUGCAACUCCGAGUUCCCCAAUACACACGCCACUUCCCAAAUCUUUUUAAGUUCUUAGCGUGGGACAGCCCUGCAGUGAUUGAUGACUUUGUUGAUCUGCUGCCCUCUAUGGUGACAUCGGGUACUGCGCUGGAGCUGCUGCAUACUUUGUUGGACCUCCCGUGUCUCUCUGCUACUCUGGUCUUGCAACUGAGAUCGAUGUGUCUGCCCAUUUCUGAUUCGGGAGGGCGCAGCCUCCCGUCAAUGGAUGCGUUCCGAAAUCCAUCUUUCCGAGCACUGUUCCUCUUCCUACUUAGAGGUGAAGCGGGUUCAGGUGACACAAUUGACCGACUCAGCGUGCUCCUCGAGCUGUUAUCCGAGACUGCCAAUUGGCCAAGAGUCGUUCAGUGUGCCCAGACUGUCCCGAUUUUGCUGCAUAUUUUCUUCAACACAGUCAUCACAGUGGCUGACAAGACGCUUUUAGGGCAAGUGAUUUUGGUGCUGCUGGAGAGAAGCAGCCUCCUCCUCAACGUCCCAAAAUACAACACAGAUAUACACAGGGUGUUCAGCCGCCAGCUGAUGAACCUGUGCAAACUCCACCCCUCUUUGGUCAUGGAACAAUCCCACGAGCUGCUGGAGUUUGCUGGAGCCACAUCCAACGUUUACGGCAAACAAGAAAUCUACACCCAUGUGGUAUUAGUGCUCGGGGAUUACCUGUCUGUGUCAUAUGACUCUCGCUGCUCCGUGAGGCUCAUCACUUACUGUUUUGAGACUUUGGAGGCAGUGCUGUUUGAGAUAACAUCAUCUGCCCCGCCAUCUGGAGCAGGCUGCCCCGCCCCUCGCGUCAUCACCAGUCUAAUGAGCGCCCUUGCUAAACUGGCGUCACGAUCACAUGACCUGAUACCAAGGGUGUCCCUGUUCCUCUCCAAACUGAGAAAUGUAUCCAGAGGGGGGUCCGUUUCCUGGUGCGAUGAUGAAGAGGACCUAGUUUCCAUAGUAACUCUCGGGGAGGAGUUGUGCGCCCUUCUGAAGACGCCCGGCGUGGCUCAGAGUGUCCUGAACCCACCACCGCACGUCACCACACCCCAGUGGCACCAAGACACCAACGUGGCCUUGCCGCUCCAAUUGCGAGCGCUCACCAGACUCACGCAGGCGCACACGUCGCAUGCUAAAAGUCAACACACACCUACUUCUCCGUCAUCCUACACAAGCACGUAAACAAACGUCAAUGUACAUCCAUUUUCUAUACCAAUCCUCCAGUUUAGGGUCACAGGUGACCUGGAGCCUAUCCCAGCUGACUUUGGGUGUGAGGUCACCAGCCGAUCGCGGGGCACAUUUAGACAAACAACAAUUCACACCAAUGGACAAUUUAAAGUUUUGAUUUAACCUAACAUGGAUGUUUUUAGAAAGUGAGAGGAAGGAGUACCCGGAGAAAACCGACGCAAGCACAGACAAAACAUACAAACUCCACACAGAAAGGCCCCAGCCGAGAAUCGAACCCAGAACUUUCGACUGACGCUCUAACCAAAUGUGCCACUGUUUCGCCUCGGCGUACAAACUGUAAUUUGAGGUUUAGAUUGAUUUUUGCACUUUUUGUAAAUACAUCAUUUAAUGCAGCACUGAUGACAAACCAAUCACAAAAAGACACUCAACAAUCAGUGUACUAUAUUAUCUCUUCUUUAUUCUUUAACGUGAUUUAUCAGAAAUAAAUUAUGUACAACAAUGAUCAUCUGAUUUGUAUAAAAAAGAAAAACAAAGUCUCCGGAGCCUACAGAGUGGCCAGUAAGAAAAUAGGUGAAAUGUUUGUAUAACAACAUUUGGAGGAGUUCUGGAAAUACAGACAUUGACUAUUAGAAAGUGCUUACAGUUUUAACAAAAAAAAAAAGGUAAACUAUACCAAGAACACCAGAUUACAGUUGCCAAUGGGAGAUUACCUCAUCUUUAAUGCAAUCGGUCUUCAUAAAAUCAUUGUCAUUGUUGGAUUUUUAAAAACUCCCCACUUAAAAUGAGCAUUGUUUACGCUUGCAUAGAAAUUUGAACUGACUUGAGAAACUGAACUCUUACUGCAAAGUGUGUUGCUUGUGGGUUUGACGCUCCAUUUUGAUGUUAUUCAGCUAUUCAAAAUGAACAAAAGUUGAAAAUAGUGGUCAAUUUUGGUACAUUUUUAGUGGAGGUGAUACAAAGGGCUCCUAAAUACAGUAGUUGCAAGAGAACUAAUUGUUGUUGCCUUAUUUUCUGCCUUAAAACUACCAGGAUGCAAUUAGUACAACAUGAGCAAGAGAUGCUCUCCAUCAGUUGUUCUCAAAGUGUGGUGCAAGUACCAUGAGUGGCACGUGAGCUCCCACUAGUAAAGUACCACUGCAUGAAUUGUUCAAACUGCAUAAUGUUACAGUAGCUUCAACUUUUUUUUUUUUUUUUUUUUUAAAUCCACUACAUUUUAUAGGUACAGUUCAGUUGUAUUUCACUUUUAAGUACAAUACCUUUGCAUUUAAUCUUUUUGAACUAUUUGUUUAAAAAAAACUAACACUCUGCUUUUUAUGCAGUACAUUUUCAUUGUAUCAUUAUUUAAGUAUAGUUACUUUCCUAUAUUUAAGGCCAGAAUUAAUGUUUAAACUCUACAUAAUGUUAAUGUGGCCUCUGUUUUUUUGGGGUUUUUUUAGGGAUAAAAUACGCCUAAUUUUGAAUGAACACGCUACUGUCUUUUCAUGUUAGUCAUUACAGUGAUACUUGGAGAGCUAAGAAUUUUUUAGGUGCACUUUGUGUCAAACGUUUGAGAACCACUGUUCUACACCCUUCGACUUGGUGCAGAUGAUGUAAGAUAAAACUCAUGACAAAUUUAUGUCUCUGCCUUCUCUCGCUACAAAGAUUUUUGUCCUGAUUUGACCAAAUAUUGGUCAUCUCAACAUCUUUGCAAGUUGAUAUUGGUACCUAUGAGGUAAUUAAAAUUACUUUAUUACUACCUAUGAUUGGUCCUUCCAAAAUGAUUACA